AUGGCGGACUCAAACAAUGGCCCGGAGACGGAAAAGGUCAACACCAACAUCGUUACCUUGACGCGCUUCCUGACUGAGGAGCAAGCAAAACACAAGGAGGCCACCGGAGACUUCACAUUACUGUGCCACGCCCUCCAGUUCUCCUUCAAGGCCAUCGCCUACUACAUCCGUCGCGCCACCCUAGUCAACCUGACCGGCCUGGCCGGCUCGUCCAACACGACCGGCGAUGACCAAAAGAAGCUAGACGUGAUCGGCAACGAUCUCUUCAUCGAGGCCAUGCGCAGCUCGGGCAAGUGCGCCCUGCUCGUGUCGGAGGAGGAGGAGGAGGUCAUCUUCUUCACCAAUGGCAACGGCGGGGCCCGUUACGCCGUGGCCUGCGACCCCAUUGACGGCUCGUCCAACCUCGAUGCCGGAGUGUCGGUCGGCACCAUCUUUGGCAUCCACAAGCUGGCCGAAGGUUCCACCGGCUCCAAGGAGGACAUCCUCAAGCCCGGUUCCGAGCUGCUGGCCGCGGGUUUCACCAUGUAUGGCGCCUCGGCCCAGCUCGUCUUGACCAUGAAGAACGGCAACGUCAACGGCUUCACCCUCGACAACGCCUUUGGCGAGUUCAUCCUGACCCACCCGGACAUGCGCAUGCCAAAGUCCCGCGCCAUCUACUCGGUCAAUGAGGGUAACUCGCUCUACUGGGAGGACCACGUCAAGGAGUACUUCAACUCGCUCAAGCACCCCCAGGACAAGAGCGGCAAGCCCUACAGCGCCAGGUACAUCGGAAGCAUGGUGGCGGACGCCUACCGUACCCUGCUCUACGGCGGCAUCUUUGCCUACCCGGCCGACAAGAAGAGCCCCAAGGGCAAGCUUCGUAUCCUGUACGAGUGCGCGCCCAUGGCCAUGGUUUUUGAAAAUGCCGGCGGCCAAGCUGUAGACAGCAACAUGAAGCGCAUGCUCGACGUUGUGCCAGAGCACAUUCAUGACAGGUCAGGUAUAUUUAUGGGCAGCUGGGAUGAGGUUGAAAAAGUAAAGUCCUACCACAAAUAA